AUGUCAGUAUUGUUGCUCAUCAAGGGCGAAAGCGAAGUGAAAGCAUACUGUAGGACAUUACUCAAGGGAAGGAGUGACAACAAUCUUGUUGCCAGCAGCAUCUUUGCCAGUGGAGCGCUCGAGCAUCACCUUCAGAAGCUCCUCGUUGGUGCCUUCCUUGAUCUCGAAGACAUCCUGAGGGUACUUGACUCCUUUGCUGCGGUACACCCAGACUCUGAACUUGCCCUCCGAGGUGUGCAUGCACUUGGAGUGGAAGUUGACCUUGACUUUGCUCCUGAGGCUCUUGUUGUCGCCAUGGAUAUCGUAGGUCUCGCCGAUGAUACCGUGGAAGGUGCAAAGGAGGAAACGAAUGUCGAUGUUCUGGGCGUACUGGGCGUAUGCCUCCUUGCAGCCUGCAGCGUUGAGAGGUUGGUUCUUUCCGAGUCUGGCCUUGGAGAGAGGCAGCAACCUUCUCGACCCACGCCCACAAAUUCUUACGCGCAGGCGCAAAUGCCUGAUACGAUUCAAUCACCUUCAUCUGCUCACGCGAGGAUAACCGCCAACAUGGCUAACCUCGCAAACCCGCACGACUCCCCAAUGAUCAGCAACCGCAGUCAGCGCGUCAAAACUGUUUACCUCAGUGGUCCGAUCAAGAUCCUCUUGCCUCUCGACGAGUGCGAGGAAGUCGGGUCCUCCGGUCGCGAACAGCCUGAACUCGACGCUGACAUGCCGCUUCCAUCCGCCUCAGUCGGCGCAAAGAAUGAAAAGAUCGUCUACCUCAGCGGCCCGAUCAGAAUUAUUGUGCCCUGGGACGAUUCUGACGAAUUCGACAGCACAAAGCUCGCUCCCAACACAGAUAUGACCACCAACCUCACUGCCCUCACUGAAGAGACUGUCUCUGAGGUCAGAAAGUUUGACUGCAACCACCCCGACGAUACUUUGUCACCUUUCUGCCCUUACCUCCCCGGUAACGAAAUCCUUCUCAGAACUUCCGAAGACGGAGCUCCCAUCAAUGCCGUCAUCCUCAAGUACUUCCCAGCAACUCUCUCCUGCUGCAUGGUCAUUCGUUUUGUUGAGCCUCACAUCCUCAACAACACUUCCGAAUGCGUCCUCAAACUCUAUGAUCGCCGCUUCUCGACACAGCAUCGUGAAGACUGGGAUGCUGCCCCUUGGGCCCCUGAGCUCGAGAAGGAAUAUCAGGAGUUUGUGAGCUGUGGCGACGCCGAAGAAUUCUUCAGCUACUGGGAUGCGGAGAAGGAGUGCGACGACAAUUGGUCUGCAGCCUACAUCAACAACAGCGAGCGAUGGAGUCCAGCAAAGCGCGAGGCGUAUCUGCAGUGGGAAUCGACGACGACCUACGAGAUUGAGAAGAAGGCCUACGAGAACAUGGCCGAACUUCAAGGGAAGGAUGUCCCAAAGGUCUUUGGCGAGGUCGUUCUCAACGAGCCACUCAUCGCAAGCAAGAGAAACACCAGUGACGAGAACAACGAAGACGACGAUGAAGAUGUCGAAGAAGACUCAGCCGAGGCUGACCGCAACCCUCACACCAUCAACAUCCCCGGAAUCCUCAUCCAGUACAUCAACGGCUUCCACCUGACAGACCUGCACGAACACUUGCCCAGCGAGCACUGGCAGUCCAUUGUUGACUCGGCCAUCGAAAAGCUCCACCACGUCCAGGAAUGUGGCAUUCUCAACCGCGAUCUCAACACGCGUAACUUCCAGGUCGACCCUCAGACCCACAAUGUCAUGAUGAUCGAUUUUGGAAUGGUCUCCUUCCGCGAAGAUGCUGAGGACGAAAGACAGUGGGAGUCGGCCCAGGCAUGUCAAGACGAGGAAGGCGCUGUUGGCUUGCUCAUGCAGAGCUACUUGAAAGAAAGAGGCGGAAGUAGCAUUACCUACAAGCCCAGCGAGCGCGUUUUGAGAUUGAGAUACCGCUUCAAUGACAUCGACGGCGAAAGAGAGGGCGGCACUGCGGAGGAAGACGAGUACGUGGAGAAGCACAAGGACUUUGUUUUUCGCAAGUAG